AUGGCCGAAGAGAAGAUGAAAUUGGAUUCAAGCGAUCCUCCUGCGCACAAUCAAUCGAAUGUUUACAAUGUUGAUUUAGAGAAGGGUCUUUGUUUGGAUACACAACAGGACAUCAACAAAUUGUCCUAUCCAUCUUCCUUCAAUUCUAACAAUAGCAAGAAAACGAUCGUGAAUAGAUUCCAAAACAGCUUGAUAAAGAAAAGCUAUGAUGAAGCGUUAAAACAAUUAUCCCACCGCUUUCCUGAUAAUCUUGUCUUGAAAAAUCGAAACUACCGUGAACAAUUAACACUAUUCUUCUCGUUGAUGUGUACAUUAGCAAUUUCAUACAUUCUCAAACUUCUUUCUUGGCUGAAACAAGUAUAUUUGGAAGCUGGUUGCAGUUGGGCCCUUUUUGGACCUAUAGGCCUUAUGUUUAUGUUAUGGGCAAUCCUAAAUGGUUUUUUCUUUAACUUUCCUUUACUCACUGUCAGAAUAACAAGAACUUUUGCACACGUUAUAAUAGGUGUUUCAGUCGUAAUUGCAGUCUUAGUUGGAUGUGUCGGAGCUGCUGGAGUUUCUGUUGUUAGUCUUGUGUGCUGGGGAUUUUAUAACAUUCUUGUUUUUGGCCUUGGACUGAAACUUGAGCGCUCAGCUGAAAACAUUGGCUCGCCUACGCUGCCCAGACAUCAACAAAGGGACGACACAGUGGCACCUCUGUCGACGACGACCAGGAAUGAAGAAAUCGAGCGUCAGAACAAUCCUACCACUCAAAGUUAA